UUAUAUUGCAAUUACUUGUUAUAUACUAGUAUUAUUUAUAAUAAACUUCUCAUACGUUACAUAUUUUCUAACACAUAUUGUAUCAUAAACAAAAAGUUACAAAUUGAAGUAUAAUCGAUUUUUAGGUUAGUACCGGUAUAAUAUUUUACUGAGUUCAGAUUUAGAUAUUUUUAAUAUACGCAGUAAUUAUUUUUUCCGUUUACCCAAAAAUAAGUUAAACGUGAUAUUUAUAAAAUCUUUUAUCUUUAUAUAUAUCUGAAAUAUUGAAAAUUACACUCUCUGAAAUUAUAUAGGUCUGUUUUGUAAAUCUGCUAACGAAAUAUCAAAUAAGAAUAUAUGUAUAAUAUAUGUAGAUUAUUUUUAUUCCGCAAUAUUUAUCUAUACGUAUUCUUUGUUUAUUUAUAAGUACCGAAAAGGAAAACGAAAGAAUUAUCAAAGGUUACAAAUAGACAUUUUCGUAGAAUCGUUUAUAAUGAAUACUGUAAGACCAGAGAGCAACGACAUGAUAAAAUACAGCACUCUUUUUGUAAUACUCUUGAAAAUAUUUCAAACACGUCUUAUACAAACAAUAAUGCUCAUGAAUAUAAGAAUGUUAAUUCAGUUUGCAAUUUUCCUAAAUUAAUCAAACCAACAUAUUUUAACAUUGAUAGAGAUAUAUUUCAGUCACAGAAUAAAAUUACUUUAGCAGAUAAAUCGCUCAUUGGAUUAUUAAAAAUAAUAUCUCGCAUAAUUCUGCAAAUGAGUUAUUAUCAAUAAUGAAAUCAGAAAAUUUGCUUGUUCCAAAAGAUUGUAGGGCAUUGUUAAAAACUCCUUCAAUAUGUAAUGAUAUUGUAAAUAUGCCACCUGGUGCGUACAUACAUCUAGGUAUUGAAAAAGGCAUAUUUAAAAAAAUACAUAAGAAUAUAUUAACAGAUAAUUUGGAAAUCCUUCCAGUAACAAUUAAUAUUGAUGGCUUACCGUUGAGUAAAUCAUCAAAGAGUCAAUUUUGGCCUAUUUUAAUGUCAAUAGAUAUAUUAGAAAUUUCAGAAUCUUUUAUUGUAGGCAUUUAUCACGGAUUUAAAAAACCAGAGUCAAUAAUUAAUUUUUUGGAUGAAUUUGUGAAAGAAUAUUUGUUUUUAAGAAAGAAUGGUAUUAUUAUAAACAAUAAAUUAGUUAGAUCGAUAUUUAAAAAAAUUAUUUGUGAUACACCUGCUAUGGCAUAUGUUCUUUCAAUAAAAUCUCAUACAGGAUAUUUUGGUUGUAAUAAAUAUACACAAAAAGGUAAAUUUUUUAGAGGCAGAAUGACAUUUCCAGAACUUGAUGCUACAUUAAGGACCGAUAAUAGUUUCGCAUUGCAAUCACAACAAGAGCAUCAUAAAGGUUCUACCUCUUUAGAAAAGAUAGGUAUCGGUUUAGUCAGUAACGUGCCGCUCGAUUAUAUGCACUUAGUAUGCCUUGGUGUAAUGAAAACACUUAUAAUGUUUUGGAUUGGAAAAAAGGGAAAUAAUCGUUUCAAGCUAAUAAAUGACUAUGAUAUAAAAUUAAUAUCAAAGAUUAUGAAAAUUUUCCGAAAAUAUAUCUCUGAAGAGUUUUGUCGUCUACCAAGAUCUAUAGAAAAUGUAGAACAUUGGAAAGCAACAGAAUUUAGACAAUUUCUAUUAUAUACAGGUCCCGUUGCAUUGAAAGGAAAAUUGCCUAAAAUGCAAUAUAAACAUUUCUUAUGCUUACAUAUCGCUAUAAGAAUUUUGUGUUCAUCAAAAUGUAUCAGGCUUAAUGCAUAUGCAAGAUCUUUAAUUCGAUAUUUUGUUGAAAAGUACAAAAAAAUAUAUGGUAAUGAAUAUAUUACAUAUAACGUGCACAAUCUUUUGCAUCUUUGUGAUGAUGUAUUAUUAUUUGGAAAAGUUGAUAAUUUUAGUGCAUUUAAAUUUGAAAAUUAUAUGAGUAAAAUAAAAAGAAAAAUGAAAAAUUCACGGUAUCCUUUGCAACAAAUAUACAAUAGAGUUGUUGAAGAUAGAAAAUGUCUAACAUCUGUUAACAUGUUUAAUUUGCCUGAAGAAGAUGAUAAACCUUUAGUAAGUAAUGAAAAUGGGAAAAUUUAUAGAUACUAUAAAAAACUUUCUCAUGACAAAUUUACAAUAUCAUUAUGUCAAAGGAAUAAUUGUGUUCUUUUAAGGAAUUCUAGUUAUAUGCUUAUUUCAAAUAUUUAUAAAAAUGAAAAUGAUGAUAUAAAAAUAGUUGGAAAAAUUUUCCAAAAUGUAUCUCAUUUUAUAGAAAAGCCUUCGUUUAGUUUAGCUAUAAAAGUCAUUGAUAUACAUGAAAUAUCAAAUAUAUCAACUUUCGAUUGUAAAGAUAUUAAAGCAAAAUGUUUAAUCUUACCAAUGAAUGAUAAAUUUGCAAUAAUUCCAUUAUUACAUAAUAAUUUGUAAUAUUUAUUGCGUACUAAAAAGCAUUACGUGAUAUGCUCAUGUAAAAUUUAAAUAUUAUUUUAUUAUUGUGAUAAUUUUUUUUAAUUUAUGCUUAUAUUAAAUAUAUAUGUUAUUUGUACAGUUUUCUUCAUAAAAUUACUAAUUUAAUACUGAUACUAUAUGCAAAAUAACAUCAGUAAUUAAUACUCUCUCUCUGGUCUUUCAAGAUAAUAUUUGCGAUUGUUGUUAUAAAAAAUUAAUGAUAAAAUAAAUUCAAAUAUCACAUUUCCAAACAAUAUUUUCUGCAGCAUGAUCUAAUUUAUUCAGUUGUCAAAUUUCAUACUGAAUAUGACGAAGAUGAAACAUAUUCUGUUAUCCCAACAUUAUGGUUAAGAGAAGAUGAUAAGUAUUCUU